UGAUAACUUGAAGAAGCGGUGAAGCGGUUGGCGAGCACUUUGUUUGUGCGUGCACGUUGGUGCGCGAGUGACAGGGUAUUUUGUCGGCAAAGUUCAAACAUAAGUGGAGUGUGCGAAAUUGUGCUACUUGUGGACUGUUUGCACGAACAGACCCUACUCGCCUGUUUUGAGUCUGAGCCCACUGGAAGCAGCACAAAAAUGUGAACUUACCGGUGCCGGGAUUACGAAGUCUGUGUAGUGAAAAAAAAAGGCCUAGCUUCGCGCGUCUGCGUUUGGUGGAAAGAUAUCUCGAAACAAAUGAAGUGUGUGCAGUGACAAAAUCGCUUCUGUGCUGCAUCGAUGACAAUAUGGAUGUAGAAACAUGUGAUUCCUUAACUUCCAAUGGUGAAAUUGUCGUUGAAUGCAUCAAGGAUGGAACGAGCAAGCAGCCAGAUGACAGUGCAGAAUCUAAAGCUGACAAUGCAGGCUCCUCAGACAAGAUUUUGAAAAACAGUAGCAUAACCAAUGGCUGUCCUGAUACGAGUGCAAUGGGUGAAGAAAUUGAUGCUGCAAAGUCUGUGAAUGGUACGAGCGACACCGGCGCCAUGGACGAAGGGAGGCUUACAGACAAGCCGUCCUCUGAAGGGGAUGUUGUUAGUGUUGCAGAGGACAGCUCCAAGGGUAACAGUGAAGUGCUAGAGUGUGGAGACAGCCAGCAGGAUUCGAUACCUGAUGAGGAUACUGAAAGAACUGAGCCCUCUGAGCCUAGUGAAGACUUCCAGCUGCCUGAUGGAAAAGGGUCAGACUCCGUGAAGAGCAAAGAAACUAAUUCAGAAGACUCAACUUCAUCCUCUACUCCACGCAGAACUUUGAAAAAGAAGUCUAAAAAAGUCUCCAAGCUGUCCAUUAUGCAUGCCAUAGCUGAAAGACUGUCAGGGCAGGCGAAAGGAGACUUCAAGGGUGCUACCAGAAUGGAACCUAAAGGUGAUGGGGAAUCAAAUGCGAGUGACAGUACAUCCGAGGCAACGGAUGAGAGGUUGCCGCAAGACUCUAAAGAUUCUUCUGAAGCAGAUCAAAAGCCAGCGAGCCCUGCAAAAGAAAGUGGCUCUUCAAAAAAGUCUGGCAACACAUGUGCUGUUUGCUCUGCUGUGAAAGGCCUCCGCUACCAGGUGCUUUACCAGGGCAAGACGCAGUUCCUCUGCUCAGAUGUUUGUUUCAAGACUUUUCGGAGCAAGCAGAAGUUGGCCCCAAAGAAACCAGCCGAGCGUGACCGGUGUGCAGUGUGCCAGAAAGAACACACUGAUGGCACAGGCUACUACUCGUCUUUUGGACCUUGCAAACCACUUUGUUCUGCUGAUUGCUUGGAGAAGCACCAAAAGUCGCAGCGUCCCAAGAGGAUAUGUGCACAAUGCCAGCAGUGCGUGGAAGCCACCGAGCAGAAGCCAACAUUUCUUGUCUGGGAGACCAUGGAGUUUUGUGCUGAGGAAUGUCUGCGCAAGUACCAGAGUGCCAACGGCUCACACUGCUCUCACUGUCGCUCGACCGUCAACCAGCUAUCGCUGGGAAAGUACUGUGUGCGUUUUGGCGCCGACAUCCGGCAGUUUUGCUCGGGCAAGUGCCUCGAGGAAUUCAAGAGGGGCCUCAAGGUGUGCUGCCUAUGUCAGAAGGACCUGACCAAACAGGCAAAAGGCUUCCUGGCACCUGUUGGAGAGAAAGGUCACUUCAAAGACUUCUGCAGCCAGGAAUGCCUCGAGCGGUAUGAGCGCAUGAAUGCAUUCAAUGCGGGCAACCUGGUGGCUCACAAGUGCUCAGCGUGCAGCACCGAAUCGACCACCAAGUACCAGGUGGACUUCAGUGACGCAUCCCAUCGUCUGUGCAGUGAUGCCUGUGUGUCAAAGUUUCGUUAUGCAAAUAAAAUCAAGAUGGUUGUUUGUGAAAACUGCCACAAGUUGUAUGACAACACAGUCGACAAGUCCAGUUCCCUGUACUAUGACAACAUCUGCCUGCAGUUCUGCACUAAAGCCUGUGUGAACCUGUUUGUGCUUUCUCACAGGAAGAUAGUACCCUGUGCAUGGUGCAAGGUGAAGAAGUACAACUUUGACAUGAUCGAGCGAGUGGAGUCGGCCACAACCAGUCACCUGUUCUGCUCACUGAACUGCGUGAAUCUGUUUCGGGUGAACCAGAAUGCGUCAUCAUCACGUAUCAUUCGCUGCGACUUCUGUUUCAAGAUGCUGCCUGCUCAGUACCACCUCACCAUGAGUGACGCUUCCAUACGCAACUUCUGUUGCUACAAAUGCGUCAUCACAUUCCAAAACCAAUUCAAAAACCUGCCUCUACUGACCACCACAUCACCCACCGUUGCCCAGCCCACAGUAGGCAAGAGCCAGACCACCACUGAGACAGGUUGCAGCACCACGCCUGUGAUUACCAACAUACGCUCACUGGCACCAGUGCCGGUUGUCCCCACUUCCAUGCAGGCAGCCUCUGAGAUUAGCAAUUCUUCAGCCAGUGCUGUGCGGACACCACCCACCCUUACAGCCAUGCCAAAGGUGGUGAGUGCUUCAGUGCUUACGCCUUCAAACAGUGCUGCAGAUGCUUCGCCCAAAGUCGUGACGCGAGCACCAAGCAUUGCUGUUUCAACCACUGCAAGCUCUGUGACUUUGCCUAUGCCUGUUGUCACGACAACCAACACCCUGGCCUUGACUGUUCCCUCAACCAAGGAUGCAACCACUGUGGCAGCUGGGCAAUCUGAGCGGGAGGUGAUAAUCCAGCUGCCCUUUCCCAAGCUGCUUCGCAAUAAGUCGGUGCUGUGUCGACCCCAGAUGGUCACCAAAGCUGCAUUCUGUCGCCCUGUACCUUGCCACAAGGAAAUACAGACCGACAUGCAAACCGAGACUGGUUCAGAGGGUGGUCCAGCACGGCUCAUACCUGUUCCUGUGCCAAUCUAUGUGCCAGCUCCCAUGCACAUGUUCUCCUACGCUGUACCGUCGCCACUGCCCAUUCCCAUUCCGGUGCCUGUGCCUAUUUUCCUGCCUACAACAAAAGACACCACAGAACAGAUCAUGGAGACUCUCAAAGAAUUCAGGGAACAGAUGAAAAAUGACAAAUUCGAUGAAGUCUUGCUUGCCAUUGCCCGCUCCAUGGCAGAAUCGUCAACGAAGCCACCUUCGGAAAGCAAAGCUUCAGAUGAACCCUCUCGUGUAAAGUCUGAGAAAAGGGCCGCAUCUGUUGAAGCUGAUGUGGAUUUCUCAAGUAAAAAGAUGCGGACAUCAGAAGAUGAAAUGGAGACGUCUGAAUGCAGCCCAGUUACAGAAGAGGCAGUGAGAACCCAUGAGUCAUUGGAUUCUGCAGCAGCUGUGAAAGCCUGGCAGGAUUGGGUGCAGAGAAAGAAUGCCGAGCUCGAGAAAAGUUCCCUCUCGGGCAAGCGGCAGCUGAAGCUCUUCAAGACAAACCUGCUGAGCAUGACUCCCGAAGAGCUCAACUACGCGCUUUGUCUCUUCAUCAAGGAAGUGCGGCAGCGUGAUGGCACAGCUCCCUCCCCAUGCCGCAUCUACCUCCAGUGCCUUGGAAUACAACAGUACCUACAUGAGCAAGGACGCCAAGAUAACAUCUUUGCCGAUCCUCAGUAUGAAAUGUUCACUGGCUGCUUCCACGGCAUUUUCAGCCAAGUUCAUGACCCAACCGGAGAGCCUCAGGAGCACAUUCGGGAGGAAGUUUUGUGGCAGGCCAAACAACUUGGUGACCACUCGCCCGUGGUGCUGCUAAACACACUCAUGUACUUCAAUGUCAAGUACUUCCGGCUGCACACGGUUGAUCAGCACCUUCAGCUGUCUCUGGCAGAUGUUUCCGAGCAGGAGCAGGAGAACCCCGAGGGGCAACCAAUGAAAAUACUCAGGUCCACAGCCGCAUGUCAAGAAGAAGGAAGUGAACAUAGAUAUUGUGAUCAACCACAAAAUCUGGAAAACCCACAGAGGUGCCCAGUGAAACUUUAUGAGCUCUAUCUCUCUAAAUGCCCAGACACUGUCAAGUCUCAGCAGGGGACCUACUACAUGUUGCCAGAGCGAACUUGCAAUGCUGAAAGUGCGGUCUGGUAUUCCUGCAGCCCCUUGGGAAAGGAUACCAUAUCACGUAUGCUGACGAGGUUCAGUAUAGUUGAAGAGGUGAAGGACUUCUCGAGCAAACUGAUCUGUCCAGCCUGAUGAGCCUCUUCAACAUUGGAACAUUGCACAGGCCCCAGUGCGUGGAUUGUGGACAUGACUUCACCUCUCCUUGUUUAUGUUUCUAUUUUUCAACUGUCUUCAUUUUGUGUUCUUCAUUGUGACUCAUAGAUUGUUGUCAUGUUGCUCAUAUGGGAAUAGAGCUCUGCGCAAUCAUCUUUGUGGUAUGAUCUUCAGCAACUGGAACAUGCAACGUUGCACAGCUGAACUGCCAAGUGUUCUGAUGUAUUGCAACACAAUAGUGUUAUACAUACUAGACUUCUGAACAUAAAGACUUGUUCAAUUGCAACGAUCUUCUCUGUUGCAUACUGUAUGCCUGCUGUAGUUCACGUGUGGGAUCUGCUGCAAAUGUUUAGUCUUGUCACUUCGCCUCUUACUGUUGAUUAAAUUCCUCAUUGUGUAUGGCAAAA